AUGGCGUCGUUCAAUGAAGCACCUCCCGGCAAUGGCAAAUCCGGAGAGAAGAUCUUCAAGACCAAGUGCGCUCAGUGCCACACCGUUGAGAAGGGCGCCGGCCACAAACAAGGUCCUAACUUGAGCGGCCUUUUUGGAAGGCAAUCUGGCACUACCCCUGGUUAUUCCUACUCUGCUGCCAACAAGAACAUGGCUGUGACCUGGGGAGAGAAUACUCUUUAUGAUUAUUUGCUUAAUCCUAAGAAGUACAUUCCUGGAACUAAGAUGGUUUUCCCUGGACUGAAGAAGCCUCAAGAUCGUGCCGAUCUAAUAGCCUAUCUCAAGGAGGCAACUGCGUAA